CGUUUUUGCCACAGUCGUUGGCCGAACGUUGAGGCAUUUGGCUGUUUACAUUCGUCUCGUAUUCUCGCAUUCGCAAUCGGAUUCGCAUUCGUGUUUCACAUCGCCAUUUGGCUUUGUUAGUUUGGCCAAAAAAUAAAUGAAAUGUGUCUAGUUGAGUGCGUUAACAUUUUGUGAUGUACCCUGGGCAAAAGUAUCUCAACAUAGUAAGCUCUGUUGACGGAUAUGAAACAGACUAGAAACAAUAAUCUGUGAAAUUUAGUUUAGAACAGAACUCAGCAAACGUUGCUUGGUAUUGUAAGCAACAUUUAAAAUUUCAAUAAAAAUAAUAACAACUGAAAAGUGAAUACAUACAACAAAUAUCAAUUAUAUCGUGCGUAGCUUCUUAAUAGACGUGACAAAAUGUUGAAAUUAUUCAAGAAAAGCAAAGAUAAAAUGCCCAAAUCGGAAAUAAUAACCGAACCGAAAGAGCCAAAAACUCCGCCGGUCUCAAAAUGUGGCAAGUCGCUGCUGCUUGACAAUACGCGAUGGGAGCGUCGCCUGCACAAAGAGCUUAUGUCCCUGAUCAAGGAGCCGCCACCGGGCGUGACUGUUGACACCGAAAGCGUACAACAAAAUUUAUCCGAAUGGAAAAUAAAUAUUAAAGGUUUCGAGGGCACACUCUACGAGGGCGAAGACUUUCAAUUGCUGUUCAAAUUCAACAACAAAUAUCCCUUUGAUUCACCAGAGGUAACGUUCAUUGGCAGCAAUAUUCCCGUGCAUCCGCAUGUCUAUAGCAAUGGCCAUAUCUGCCUAUCCAUAUUGACCGAGGAUUGGUCGCCGGCGCUGUCGGUGCAAUCGGUGUGCCUUAGCAUAGCCUCCAUGUUGAGCAGUUGUCGCGAGAAGAAACGGCCGCCGGACAAUACACUCUACGUGAAGACCUGCAACAAGAAUCCCAAAAAGACUAAAUGGUGGUAUCACGAUGAUUCUGUUUAGUUAGCGUUGCAAUUUAUGACUACUGCCUGCUUGCUUGUGUUGCGCUUACAACAACACCACAACCACCACCAACAACUACAACAUCAACAAACCAUAUGGCAAUUUGUUGCUCGCCGGCAAGGACAACGCCUUAUAGCGAUCUUAACAACAACAACAACAAGCAAUAACUACAACUAAAACAAUCAACAACGUCAGCGUCAAGCCAACCCACUAAUUAUUUGAAACAACAACUUGAAAACUAUUUAAGGCCUAAACACUUUAGGUGUAAAUUAGCUGUGACAGUUAAAGAAAUCGUUGUUACUUUUUAAGCUACAUACACACAACUUACACACACAUACACACAAACUCAGCCACAGUGCACAGAGAGCAAAAGGCAAAAUGUCGCUGGUUAAACAGUAAAAUAGUUAAACAUUAUAUACAAAUAUAUAGACAACUAUAAAUAUAUUCAAUUUAUACUAAGCAAAUGGCAAACAAUCAACAAACAAGAAAAAAACAACAACACCGGCGCGAGCAACAAAAAUCUAUAAACAACAACUGUAUAAAACCACAAAACAAUAUAAUUAAAUGUUAACAUUUUAAAUUAGAAUGUAAGCCCGAAAUUAGCGUCUAAAUUAAAUGUUAUGGAUAACUUAAGAAUUAAGCCUACUCUGUGUAAUGUGAAAAGCAAACAAUCAGAUGUCCUUUUUGAUGUUGCUACCAGGCUGUGGCAGCAACAUUCCAAGUCAACAUGCUGCACGCUGACCUGGAGCAAUUAACCAUAAACAAAUCCAAUUUAAUUGUAACUUUUAAUUUAUAUAUAUAUAUAUGUAUGUAUAAAUGUUUGUAUAAAGCAUGGCCUUGGGUUUCCAAUUGAUAAACGAGACUCAAGCGCAACUUGCAUCACGCAACGUUAGUCGAAAACAUUUGAAAUGUAUUCAUAAUUGUAUAUGUACUAUUUUAUUUGUUAUAAUAUAUUAAGAGUCGUCCACAUCAUGCAAAUUCUGUAAUUUCUCGGCCAUUCAAUCAUCACAUUUCGCACUGUAAACAUCAUAUAAUCCAUCAUCCAUUGAUUAAAAUUCAAACACAAACUUGUUAUUAUAUUUGGCAAAAAACGAAAAUCCAAAUGUGGCCAAGCAAAUCUCUCAUGUGGCACGUUCGCAAACAUAUUUACCUCUUACCGUGCAACUAGAAUAUGAAAUGUGGCGAGUUACUCGCAAAAAUAUUUAUGUUUAAUACUAUGUAUAAAAAUAUCAUAUAUAUAUAUAUAUAUAUACCUGUAUCUAUAUCUAUGUGUAACUGUCUGCGACUAUACUUAGCAUAUGUACUAUCUACGCCUAUGAAAAUUACUGUUAAAACAAGUAUUUAAUAAAACAAACGCAAGUCUGUAAUCAUGUGAAA